AUGAACGCGCGUUUGCACGAAGUGACAGUAGAAAGAGAAAGAGCAGAAGGUGAGACGAGGGUGGAGGGUGGAAACGUCAUUCUUGGCGACGGUCAUCAACAGCGAGGUCGUUGCUCUGAUCUUCCCGACGACUGGAUCGGCAAGGUAUCGGGUUACACUGGUGUCGAUGCGCAUCACAUGGCGAGAGGAAACGAGAUCGAUUUCCCGUCGCGCGAAUUGCUGAAACCACCGCUGCCGCCGUCAUCUUAUGGUCCUGCGAUCGCGUUUAACAACGUCUUACCCGACACUGUUGUCGUACCCUCUCCCAGUAUUACGUCACACGUUGAUGAUAAUGCUAGAUCACGAGCUUGCGAUAUGGGGACGACAUCUUGCUCGACGAUGAGAUUUCCUUAUGCGCCUGGUGCGACUUGCAACGUGGCAUGCAGUAAUGCACCAGCGACGACGUGCAAUGUCGCUCCAGCGAGUGCUGACUGCGACGGUCCGGAGACAACGUGGUUCCGCAACGAGGGUCACUUGGCCGAGCCACAGUCGGGGGUUCGCACAGCGAACACGGCGACCUCGAGAAUCUGUCAGCUGGGCCCGAUUGACGUCGAGGACCUCGCAAUGUACUUCGAUUCACCGACGGACGGCUGCAAACCACCCUCGUUGGGUAAUCGAGCGAUCUAUUCGAAGAAAUUGCGAUAUGGACAGGUCGCAAGGACGGACCAGUCUCACGAGCAUCACCGCGAUCUGAAUUUCCGUGAUCUGCCUUCUUGCGAUCUAGCACCCAAUAAUCUACAAACUUGCGAUAUGGGGCCCAGUACACUGGGAUAUUGCGAUCUGGGGAACAGCGAUCUACGCCUUCGUAAUUCAGGAUACGAUGGUCCGUCAUUUUGCGAUCCAAGACUUAGCGAUCCGCGAUUUUGCGAUAUGAGACAGUCCGAGGAGCAGCCCCGUGAACCAGGGCGACACAAUCUGGGACGGGGCAACCCGGGACUAGGCAAUUGGUUCUGCAACGACUGCCCGGAACUAUUUAAUUUCUGCAGCGAGGAACGGUGGCUGCAGUGCCCGGCGAGCAAUCGCUGCCCCCUUUAUGACACCUCGUAUGCUUACGACAUGCCCGUUUUACCGCCAUGUAUGUACGAGAAUGGUUACAACGAUAACUGGCAUUACGACAAUGCGGAGGACGAACAACUCCUCGAAAAUUACUUGAGCAACGAGAAGAGGAAGGAAAGGUCUCGCGAUGCAGCGCGUUGCAGACGUAGCAGAGAAACCGAUAUCUUCACUGAACUCGCGGCUGUUCUUCCGGUCACGCCGGAACAAGCAGCGCUCUUAGAUAAGGCCAGCGUAAUGAGGUUGGCGAUUGCCUACCUCAAAGUCCGAGCCGUCGUGGAUUCCAUUCCAGUUACGCUGACAAAAUCCGAGUCAUCCACGGAGGAGAUGGAUGAAUUAUUUCCAAAAGCUCUCAACGGCUUUAUGUUAGUACUCUCCAGUGACGGCAACAUGGUCUACCUCUCAGAGAAUGUCGGAGACUAUCUCGGAGUGUCACAAAUGGAUAUGAUGGGACAAAGUGUAUACGAAUACAGUCAUCCCUGCGACCAUGAUGAAUUGCGUGAGUGCCUGUCUUCGAAGUCGGCGAAUAACAAUGAGAAACGUACCUGCAACUUCUUCUUACGACUCAAAUGUACUCUCACUAGCAAAGGCAGGAAGGUCAAUCUGAAGAGUGCUUCUUACAAGGUGAUUCACUGCACUGGCAGAUUGACAAACAUCCGCGACUCAAACUCGAACUCUAUGGAAGUUGAUAAUGAAGAGCGAUGCAAAGAGGAUGAGGACAUAGGACAAGACACAGGCAUUUCUCUGGUGCUCGUAGGUAGUCCUAUACCUCAUCCUAGUAAUAUCGAGAUACCUUUGGGACGCCAUACCUUUUUAUCGAAGCACAAUCUCAGCAUGAAAUUUACCUACGCUGACGAAAAAUUAGCCGAAUACUUGGGCUGGAGCAGUGAGGAGCUAAUGGGUCGAUCAGUCUUUGAGUUUUAUCAUGCACUUGACAAUCUUACGCUGGACAAGUGUUUCAAAUGCUUGUUCAGCAAGGGCCAGUGCGAGACCGUAGCGUACAGAUUCCUUGGCAAGCGAGGCGGUUACGCCUGGGUUAUUACCCAGGCCACCCUCAUCCACUGCUCCAAGCAGCAGAAGCCGAUCUCCGUCGUCUGUGUCAACUACAUCCUAAGUGGGAUCGAGCACGAAGAUGAGGUAUACAGCGUGCGCCAACUGGCCGCGCGUGACAACGACGCCAAUUUGGUGAAGAUAGAGAAACCGUUGCCGGUCUUGGUGCCAACCGGUAGUAGUGCUGUAUCGACGACGGAUUCGAGUCAGGUAUCGCUGAACGACGAGGAGAAGAUUCCCGUGGAGGAAUCAACCGUCGACGACGAGUCCAGGAGCGACGAUCGACCGUUCGCCGUCACCGCGUCGAUCUUCCAUUCAAUCGACGAAAAGAGCGACUGCAAAGCCGAUUCGCGGAAGGACGGUGCCUUGCCGAAACACGCCCAGAAAGAAAAGGCAUUCGUUUUCCUCGAGAAGGCUCUCAAAGAGUCUCUGGAGGAGUCGAUUAAGGAGAACGACGUGCCGGCAACGGUGAACCGACAGUCCUUCGCUAAGAAAACGCCUUUUAUAUUCCAGGGUAAACCGACGGUGGUGAACGAUUCAUCAGACAGUGCUAAACACCGUGAUCGUCCACAGUCAGUCACAAGACAUCUAUUCGCACCGCUCGCGACUGCCGUGCAACAACAGGAACAACAGCAACAACAGGAACAGUCACAAUUAUCCUGUCGUCCGCAAACGGCCACAGCGAGCAUUUUCGCGCCUCGUACCGAGGAUAUGAAUAAAGGCUUUUUGACUUUCAGCGAGGAUCAGCCGGGUCUCACCAUGUUGAAAGACGAGCCGGAGGACUUGACACAUCUCGCACCUACGGCCGGUGACGUGUGCGUACCUUUGGAGGACACUCCCUUCUUAUCAGAUAUGUUGGAUGAGUUUAUCUUCGGUAACGAUAACUAUGGCUGUCCUCUAUUGAGUCCGGGAGACACUCUGACACCGGAGUUACGUUCCGCAGAUCUCUCGGGAUCCCUCAAAGACGCAGAUCUCAUGGACACUACUAGAGCCAAGAAUGCGGUCGAUCGUUUAGCUGAUAGUGAUCCCUUCAUGUACGGUGACUCGCCCGGAAGUCCCUGUGGCAUCGAUCCGAGCACUGUGUCACCGUCCCUCUCGAAGUACCGACAAAGUCCUGAGCGCAGCGUGGACUCAUUAGGUAGUCCUACAGGAGGUAGCGGCGGCGGGGGGGGCUCCAAAAACGAGGAUGAGAUGCUUAUGUUAGGUAUCAGCGAUAGUAUAGCAGAUGAAGAAUUAGCGCUCAGAGCACCCUAUAUUCCGAUGUCGGACCAGGACGAGGCGUUAGAGUUCCUCAUUAAUGAUAACAUGGUAAUGUGGAGCUCGUCGCAAUCUGCUGACAAAGGAUCCUCGAAAUGGUUACUCGACGAUCGAGAGCAACGUAAUUCCGAAUCCAGUCUGGCACAGUUACUACGAACUGAUCAAGCAGUAUCGCGGCGAUACAAUGAUCACGGUGGAGGUUUGCUAAAUUCGACGCAGAUAUUGGGACAAACACCUAGAAAAAACAUGCUUUUCGAAUCCGAUCGAUGGUCCUCUCAUCAGGAACGUCCCAAUAAACGCAUUCACUCCGAACUUAAUACGGACUCUGAAAACGAAUAUAAGCGUCUUAAGUGCGAGCACUCGUCAUUUGAGCGUAUAAAUCUUGAAGAUACUUUGGUGACGAAGCAACAGCGGCAGUCGACAACGCUUCAUAAGAAGUCGCCGCCGACUCUCGGUAACACCUGUGGCAGCCAGCUUCUGCGUCGCCUCGUUUCGUCACAGAUACCAAGUAUCGUGUCACAGGUGGCAACUUUGCCUGACAGUAACGGCCAUAUUCGCAGUGACAACGAACGUCAUCGCGAGGACUUUUCGAAGCAGCGUGAUAGCGACCUCGACGAUAUCAUCGAUUUUGUUGAAUCGGAAGGCGACCGCGGUGGGGGAGGAGGCGGAGGCGAAAAUCACGGCGGUAUCGGUGAUGGCCUAGACAAGAUUGAUGCAACAAGUCGGAGAAGGAAUCCUUCCUGCGGCACUGGUGGCAGCAGUGUGCUAAUGAAUCUCCUGGUUUCCGGCUGCGACGAUCCUUUGAUGAGUUCUCGUGAUAUGUCAACUGUAUUAUCGAGUAACCUGACUCCGUUAUCCAUCAAUGUGGACAAUCAGAUAGUUCCACACUGUGCGAACACAGGUGUCAUAUCUUUGCCUGAUCAUCUUAGCCCGGACACCAGGAAGCAUUUAAUUGGGCCCUUUACCGUCAGUGAAGGGGACGGAGGUACUCCUAUAGUCUCACCCACGACGUCCGCGAUGGCAUCUUUCGACAGCUUUGAUUGGAUCCGCGAUGGAUCCACGAGCCUGCUUCAAGUGGGAUCAGAUCUACUCGGGGGACUGCUGGAUCGAAAUCUAGUGUGAUCCAGCGCGAUGCGAUUUAUACAGACCUGCCAAAAAAUCGAUUAGGGAAAUUAGAAGCAGGAUUUGUUCAAUAUUCGCUUUUCCGUAACAAGUCUUAGAAAUUGUUUUUUCACUCUUUUUUGUAACACGAUCCGAGUUGUUGCUUAUUGUAAUCAAAUUAUAAUUAAACUAUUAAUUUUAAUGUGUUCUUUUAACGUCACUCGAUUUCAGAGUCUGUGCAAUAUACUAAAUAAAGAGCGGAAAAAAAAUUACAGUGCAAUCAAAACGUUACGCACAAAGAGAUUUUAUACGAAUCUUGCUUCUAAUUUCUGCGUGUAAAUAGUCGGUUAAUUCCCGGUGCUCUUUAAUAAUUCGCUAAGCAUCCGAAAAUCUCAGAAAUGAGAUAAAUGCAGUUUAUAUUAAAUGUUCAAAAGAACGUUCGAUUAAUGUAAAAGUGAUGCGACUCGAGAAGAUAUAAAUCCAGAUUAAUUGAUAUUUUUUAUUGAUAUUUAAUCUUUUUACGAUGAUUUCUUUAAAUACUUUAAGUAGCAAUCGAUUCACGCCACUUCAACGUUCAAUCGAUACUUUUUUAUACAGUUUUUUGAAAUUUGUGUGUGAACGUUUGUGACAGCUAAAUGUGUCAACACGUUUCCACGAAUUAACAAAAAAAAAAUUAUAAUCUGUACAAUGACGAGCUGCGUAGCGAAUUAAGUUUCACAGGAUGAUGCCGUGUUGUAAAAAUGCGAGUCAUAUCUUUCAAUCAAAUCGGUCAAAGGCUAUAACCGUUUUUAUGACGAAAAGAAGACAUUUCUUUAAAU